AUGGCAACUUCUGCAGAAUCAAGCAUAAUUGACGAUGACCAAGCAUUCAACUAUGACUAUGACACUCUGCGCACCACUGGGGUUAUCCUCGCAGUGGUCAUGUUUGUCUCAGGAAUCCUCAUUGCUCUGAGCAAAAAAUUUAAAUGCGCAAAAUCAUCAAACUCCAGUCCAGUUGAAGGAUCUCAGAUACCAAAGUCUGAAGUGCCGCCACAGACAGUAUGA